AUGAAUUCCAACCUUCCCUCGUGGAAGGAUCGCACGCAGAACCAAUUCGGCAAACUUCAGAUCCAGGUGCCAUGGCGCUCCAUCCAGCUGCUGGUCCCGCAUCGCAUGCGACGGAAGCUUCGGUCCAAGCUGCGGAGUAGGAUCUCGCCCACCUCGUCCAUCUCGUCGCUGCAGACCUCGUUUUCGCCGGUAGAUACGCUGCGAUCCCUCCAGAGCCACCGGUGGACGCUCUACGACUUCCAAUACUUGCUGCUGUUGAUUGUUGGAAUCUUCUCGUUGAGCAUGAUCGAGGCGCCCGGUCCCCUGGCGAAGACGGGGAUCUUCUCCCUCUACAUAUUCUCCCUUCUACUCCCCGUCACCCGCCAGUUCUUUCUUCCCUUCCUCCCCAUUGCGGGGUGGUUGUUUUUUUUCUACGCAUGCCAGUUCGUUCCUAGCGAGUGGCGCCCGGCUAUCUGGGUCCGUGUGCUUCCGGCCCUGGAAAACAUCCUCUAUGGUGCCAAUAUCAGCAACAUCCUGUCGGCUCAUCAGAACACGGCGCUUGACGUCCUGGCCUGGAUCCCCUACGGCCUCUGUCACUACGGCGCGCCCUUCGUCUGCUCCCUGAUCAUGUUUAUCUUUGGUCCUCCGGGCACGACGCCUCUCUUCGCCCGGACGUUCGGAUACAUCAGCAUGUUCGCGGUGACGAUCCAGUUGCUGUUCCCCUGCUCGCCUCCGUGGUACGAGAACCUCUACGGGCUCGCUCCCGCCGACUAUUCGAUGGAGGGCAACCCGGCGGGCCUGGCUCGCAUCGACAAGCUGCUCGGCAUCGACCUGUACACCUCCGGCUUCCGACAGUCCCCGGUCGUCUUUGGCGCGUUCCCGUCGCUGCACGCGGCCGAUUCCACCCUGGCGGCAUUGUUCAUGAGCCAGGUGUUCCCGCGCCUGAAGCCGUUGUUCGUGACCUACACCCUCUGGAUGUGGUGGGCCACCAUGUACCUGUCCCAUCACUACGCGGUCGACCUGGUCGGCGGCGGUCUUCUGGCCACGGUCGCGUUUUACUUCGCCAAGACUCGCUUUAUGCCUCGCGUGCAGUCGGACAAGAUGUUCCGCUGGGACUACGACUACGUCGAGUAUGGCGACCGGACGCGCGAGUACGGCUACGACCUGGCUACUUUUGGCGCUGGCUUGAACGUGGACAGCGACGAAUGGACGGUCGGCUCCUCGUCCUCGAUCUCGUCGGGCUCGCUCAGCCCCGUCGAUGACCAUUAUUCCUGGGAGGGCGACGCUCUGGCCUCUCCCGCCAGUGAUAUCGAGAGUGGACGAUACCUAAGUCCGUGA